AUGCACAUUCAGGAUCAGCUGCAAAUAGAACUUAAGGUCAAAAUAGUAAAGGAAUCACGACCAGUGAUAUCAGACUUGGCCUUUUUUCUAGACAUGAUAAAUUCAUUAUGGAGCAUUCUUUCUGUCCUCAUAAUAGCAGAAUUUGUUCUAGGAAGUUUUGCCAACGGCUUCAUAGCAGUGGUGAACUGCACUGACUGGGUCAAGAGACAAAAGCUGUCCUGCGCUGAUGGAAUUCUCACUGCUCUGGCGGUCUCCAGAAUUGCUUUGCUCUCGGUAACAGUAUUCUAUUGGCAUGCAUAUGUCUUUAUUCUGGAUUUUUAUACUUUAAAAGAAGUAACAAUUGUUUAUAUUGCCUGGGUAAUAAGCAACCAUUUUAGCCUCUGGCUUGCUACUAGCCUCAGCAUACUUUAUUUGUUCAAGAUAGCCAAUUUCUCCUGCCUUUUAUUUCUUCACCUAAAACGGAAAGUUAAAAGAGCAGUAGUCAUGAUCCUGUGGGGAAAUUUGGUCUUCUUGGUUUGUCAUCUUGUAGUGCUGAGCACAGAUAUAAAAAUGGGGAAGAUUGAUUGUGAAGGAAACAUCACUUGCAAGACCAACUUGGAGGACAUUGUACACCUAACAAAUCUGACUGUAUUCACGCUUGCAAACUUUAUACCCUUUACUAUGUCCCUGACGGCUUUUCUGCUGUUAAUCUUUUCCCUAUGGAAACAUCUCAAGAGGAUGCAACUCAGUGGGAAAGGAUCCCAAGAUCCCAGCUCCAAGGUCCAUAUAAGAGCUAUGCAAACUGUGAUUUCCUUUCUUAUGCUAUUUGUCAUUUACUUCACGGCUGAACUCAUCACAGUUUGGAGUUCUUUUACUCCACUGAAAAAUUUAGUUUUCAUUCCUAGCCAGUUUCUUUCCGUCUUGUAUCCUUCAGGCCACUCAUUGAUCUUGAUUUGGGGGAACAAGAAGCUGAGACUGGCCUUUCUGUCAUUUCUGUGGCAGCUGAGGUGCUGGUUGAAAGAAAGGAAAUAA